AUGUGUUUAAAAAAUUCAAUUUCGAAUUUUCAGCGAGUAGUGAUCCGCCGUGGUGCGACGUCCACCCUACCGCUACCUCUUUGUAUCGCCAACUUUUUGGUCUCAUCCGAGUGGUUCUUGUACGGAGUUCUUGUUCGAGACGUCUACCUCAUUACCCCAAACGGUAUCGGAUCUCUUUUGGCAUUUGGCCAGCUUUUCUUGUUCGUGAUACUGCCACGUAAACCCGGCCAACGAUCCCUGUUGUCUCGUCUCUUUGGCUGCUAUGGACCUAGUGAAAAGGAAACCGACUUGGAAGCACCCACGAAAGAAAUCAUCCCUCAAGUCGAAGAAACCAACGAGUUUGAGAACUCCAACGCAUCGCAUCUCACUAGAGCUCGCCGUUGGUCGCAAAAGGUUAUGGCCAACGUGAACACCGUAGCCGAAGAGAUUGAGCACGUCAUCGGCAAAGCCUCCAUUCACCACUCGGACCAUCACUCGAGCUUCAUGUACUCCCAAACGAUCGACGACGAUGACACGGCAUCCGAAAAGACGCAAGACACCUUAGAUGGCCAAACAGCGAAGAACCUUCUGGAGGCGCUAAAGAACGGUCAACAAGUGCUGAACCCGGACAUGCUCAUGUCGUCCGUGAAACUCCCCUCAGGCUCACUGGCUAACGCACGAAGGGCGAAAAUUCGCCGAGUAUCCAGCUCACCUGAUCUGACCGACAUUGGCGUUUUGCCAUAA